UACAGGGAUGGGAAACUGAGCUGGCAAGAGCAAUUGAGGGGGUCAGGGCUGUUGUUGCUGACCCCCACCAGGCCUUUUGUGCUGGGCCCUGGAUCUCUUGCUCCUUUCUCCUUUUUAAAAAGGAAAAAAAACCUUUGCUUACAGGAUGACUAGGCAUGUGGCAAACUGCAGUGCUGAUGAGACCCCACCCACCAUUUUAAUAUGCUCAGAGGGUUGCAAGAACACUUACACUUGGCUGUCCCAUCCAGAGCCGAAAGAAUGAGGCUGGAGUUUUCUCGCGGUGAUGGGAACGAGGAGACAGGGGACGCGCAUCCAACGGCUCAUCUGAAGACACCUGCUCCCGAGCAACGGGCUCGAGGUCAGGGGGCGGUGCCACACUGGAAUCCUCCUGGGAACAGCUUGGUAAAGGAGGAGCUGGCACUGUCUCUGAAGCCUCCCCCCACAAGUCCUCUGCAUCAACUGGGGGCGGUGCGCUCGGCUCCUCGGAAAGGGCGUUACUCGUGGGAACUGGUUGGAGAGCAGGCUGCCCCCCUCCCGCACGAUCCUGCUCAGACACAACAAUCCCCAACUCUGCUUCUUCUGGCUGUGGAGGGUAAAAUGGCCCAGGAUAUGACAGAGAAAGAGCUCAUAAAAAUGGAAUUAGACCAGCUGAAAAAGGAAGUGAAGCUUGAAAGACAAAUGGUCUCCAAGAUAGCAAAAGAACUCAAGGAGUAUAUAGAAUCCACAGCUGCAGAAGACCCUCUCUUAAAAGGUAUCCCAGAAGACAAGAACCCAUUCAAGGAGAAGGGAGGUUGUAUAAUAAGCUGACCCUGGCCCCACCAAAAGAUCUUUGUUGUCCUCCUUGUACAUGACAUACCAGGACUGUGAGAAUUUGUUUAGCAUAACUGAGUAUAAAUGAUCUUCUGCAGGGGGGGAUGUCUGGACUCCUUUGCUGGCAUUUCACCCUAGAACAAAAGAACUGGAUACUGGUCUCCACCGAGAUAAAGAGAAAGAAGACAAGCUCAGUUUUAGAACUUCAAGUCCAAUUCCUGUUUUGUAGCUACGCUGCAGAUUUCCAAAAGAAGCCUGAUUUUAAUUGCUGGUUUAAACAAAUUGUAGGCUGUUAAGUUUGAAUGGCUUAUUAUUGUUGGUGUGCGUGUUUUUUUAAGUAGAUACCAGCUUUCAAUAGAAAAAGCUAAGAAAAAAACCUGAUCUUUAUGUAGGAUGUUUCUUUGUAAGACGUGAAUAUCCUUUACAGCUGGAAUGGAGACCCUGAAGCCCUCUGCCUAAUUCCAUGUAGCCUGCAGAGAUGGAGAGAGCAACACACAUAGAGCAACACAAUUCUGCAGUGCUUCAAAUUCCACCUGGCUAUGGCCCACCCACCAUUGUCUGC